AGCGCGCGUGGAGGCGCGUGGCCUUUUAUCCCCUCUGCACCUCUCCCUUCUGACAUCUCUCUCUUUCCUCUCUCUCUUAGAGGGUACAGAGCUGCCCGGAGAAGAUAAUUAGGACUGAGCAUUUGGUGGAGAAGAAGCAGCAAUCGGGUCGAGGCACUCUUCUCCGAUUCUCAUGCUUGUGAACCGAUCGCUCCUAUUAGGGUUUUUCGCGGCUGAGCUGUUCUGCAUGCGGUUCUCGUCAGAGAGCACGUCUGCAGAACAAUGGGCGCUGUGAUGACACUUUGCUGGUUUUUAUGCUAGCCAUAACCUGGAUAGCGGUGGCUCCCUUGACAAAAUUGUGAGCAGAUCUGUUUGAGCUGUCAUGUGGUAAUACUUUUCGACAUAUAAAUUAUGGCUCGAAAGAGUAAUCAGCAGAAGAAUGGAGUUGAUCAUUCCUUACCAAGGCACAAACUGAGAGGUGCUGAAACACCAGCAGGCUCGAGGGGAAAAUCUACUAAAGCAAAGGUUUAUCCAAAAGAUAACCUCCCUGACUGUGACCACACUGGUGAUCAGUUUACUGGUAUCAUGAAAGAAAAUCGUUGCGCUGUAGAUGCCAAUGGAAUAGGUAAAGGAACUGAGAAAAUUAUGAGGACAGAAAAGCAAGAGAUGGAUGGAAUUCGAGUUCCUGAGUGUCCAGGGGAUUGCUCUAGGGAGGGCAUCAGUGAUGCGUCUCCAACAGAAACUUGGGGUCGUACAGAAGAAAAUGAGACGAUAGCCAAUGGUUUCACUGGUCUUAAGAAUAGUUUCGAUCAUUUAAGCUAUGCAUUGAAGGGGCAUAUAGAUCAUUUGAUGGAAAAUGUUCAGUUUUCGGAUAAUGUUGUUGUCCAAACUGUGAGAAGAGCAGCUCCCUAUAUAAUGAAGUCCGCUGGAGAGUGGUUAGAGAAGCAAAGACCUUGGUUGAUUGAUGCAAAAACCAGCAUAUUAGGUUCUUGUGACUAUGCCAGACAGAAGAUUGAGCUAGCUUACCCUGUUGUUUUGAAGUGGCUCAUACAAUUUGGGAACAUAAUGCUUCUCCUGACAAUGAUUUGGCUGGAUUGCACUCUCAGAGGCAUCGAUUCUUUCCUCCGUAUGGGGACGACAUCCUUCUUUUCAUUUAUAUGGUGCGCAGUCUUCUCAGCAGUUGCGAUGGUAGGCAUGUCCAAGUUUCUUUUGGUCCUGGCUGUUGCUGUCUUGACGGGCUUGUUUGUCGGGAUUACCUUUGGGCUAAUGAUUCUCGCAAUUUGUGGGACCCUUGCCUUAUGGUUUUAUGGAAGCUUCUGGACAACAUCUCUUGCUAUUGUCCUUGGAGGUGUGGCAUUUGCAUUAAAACGGGAACGCCUCGCACUUCUAAUAGCCACUGUAUACUCUGUGUAUAGUGCUUGGACAUAUGUUGGGUUCCUUGGCCUUCUGUUAGGUCUAAAUUUAUCUUUUAUCUCCAGUGACGCGAUGAUAUACUUCUUGAGGAAUAAUGUGAAUCAGCCUAGAAGACCCAACAAGCCGUCAGACCAAGCUAGUGGAAAUCAAGGUCAAUCGGGUGUCUUCAAUGAUGAACAAGCAAAUGCUUCAUUUUCUGAAGCUGAACCUGGAAUUUCAUCUGACCGUAGCUCAGGAGCUCCUUCUACCAGUGGCUCAAAUUCUGACAUAACUUCAGAAGAUGAAGUUGUUCGCUUGUUGAACUGCUCCGAUUAUUACUCAGUAUUCGGCUUCUCCCGUUAUGAGGAUAUAGAUGCUUCUUCACUAAAGAGGGAAUAUAGAAAAAAGGCAAUGCUCGUACAUCCCGAUAAAAAUCAGGGCAAUGAGAAGGCGGCAGAAGCUUUUAAGAAACUUCAGAAUGCAUAUGAGGUUUUACUUGAUUCAUUGAAGCGAAAAGCUUACGAUGAUGAAUUAAGGAGGGAGGAGCUGUUGAACUACUUCCGUAGGUUUCAGAAUGCUUCUCAAAAGAAUGGAAGUCACGGUUUCUUUCCUUCUGGAUUUACUCACUCAGAGGGUGAGGGUGAAGAUUUCUGUGGAGAACCUAGGCGAAUAGCUUGCAAAAGGUGCAAUGGUUUCCAUAUCUGGUUACAAACAAAGAAACCAAAAUCUCAAGCAAGAUGGUGUCAGGACUGCAAAGAAUUCCAUCAAGCAAAGGAUGGAGAUGGGUGGUUAGAGCAAGCUUCGCAGCCUUUCCUUUUUGGGUUGCUGCAGAAGGUUAAUCAUCCCACUGCCUAUGUCUGUGCUGAAAGCAAAAUUUACAAUGCUACUGCGUGGUAUAUUUGUCAGGGAAUGAGAUGCCCGGCCAACACACACAAGCCGAGCUUUCAUGUCAACACUAGUGCGACUUUUAAACACAGCGCAGGAAAGGGAACUGGUUCGGGACAGAAGGGGGCCCGGGUGCCUCCCUCGAUGGAGGAGACCAUGACCGAGGAAGAAUUCUUCGAGUGGUUGCAGAACGCUGUGCAGGCGGGCGUUUUUGACAAUGUUAGCGGAAGCUCCUCUGCUGAUAGCCCGACAGGCAAAGGAGGGAACAGCUCCAAGAGCGCCAGCAGCGGUGCGCCCAGUAGCGGAGGCGGUGGCGCCAAGAAGAAGAAGAAGGGAAGGAAGCAGUGGUGAGUGAGACUGAGGAUACCUGUCGUUGAAGUUAGUCUUAUAAUGAACUUAUGAGCCUGACAUUGAAAAGUAGGCUUCCUUUUUUGAGUUGAGAAUCAUCCCGAGCAGAAAAUAUAUUGGCAUCACUGUAUUUUGGGCAGAAACCGAUAAAGAUCUCGGAGCCUGCCCUUUUCUUCUUAAGAGAUUGUAUAGCCGUUCGAUAAUGCAAAUCUUCAUCUCUCGUUGCGAUAAUCUA